AAUUAUUUACUAAUUUUCGUAAUACGUAUCCACUUCAAUUGUAUAUUAGUGUGUAUGAACCAACGUAUUACAUACAAAAAAUAACGUUUACAAGUGAUACAAAGUUUAAUCCUGUAAAUAGGCCAUCACAGCUUUUUUUAUGUGAAUCGGUGAAAUGUCGAUGCUCGAGUUUCACCGAUUUGCGCUUAUUGUUUCCAUUGGGCAGGGUGUUUAAAUAAAUAAAUCCAACCAAGUUUUGCAAUUAUACUCUUGACGUUCUGUUUUCCCGCCUCUUCUUCCUUCUUUCCUCUUCACUAAAAUGACUACUUACAAGGCUGAGAAUUUCCCUGCACUCCAAAACGAUCUUGUUCUUCGUGCCUCUCGUGGCGAGAAAAUUGAACGCGCCCCUGUUUGGAUUAUGAGACAAGCCGGUCGUUAUUUGCCUGAAUUUCACGAGAUUAGAAAGGAUCAUAGUUUUUUCGAAGUGUGUCGUACACCUGAACUUGCUUGCCAGCUCACUCUUCAACCUAUCGAUCGUUAUGGCAAGCUCUUGGAUGCUUCAAUUAUCUUUUCAGAUAUUCUCGUUAUUCCCCAAGCUAUGGGUCUUGAAGUGCUUAUGGUUCCUGGUAAAGGACCUGUGUUCCCUGCUCCUUUAGAGACACCUGCCGAUUUCUCUCGUUUGACUGAAAAUGUAGACGUCGAAAAGGAAUUAGGUUAUGUUUACCAAGCCAUUACUUUAACCCGUCAUAGACUUGAAGGACGUGUGCCUUUGUAUGGUUUUAUUGGAGCUCCUUGGACUUUAAUGGCUUAUAUGAUUGAAGGUGGUGGAAGUAAGACUUUGCAUAAGGCCAAGGGCUGGUUAUGGAAGUAUCCCAAGGAAUCUCAUGCUUUAUUACAGCGUAUUACUGAUAUUGCCAUUGAAUUCUUGGUGGGUCAAGUAAAGGCUGGUGCCCAGAUGCUUCAAGUCUUUGAAUCAUGGGGUGGUGAACUUUCACCCGAUGCCUUUAAGGAAUUCUCUCUUCCUUAUAUCAGACAAAUCUCUAACAAGGUUAAAGGGCGUUUGACAAGCGAAGGUUUGGAUCUCGUUCCUAUGACCAUUUUUGCUAAGGGUUCUUGGUACGCUCUCGAAGAUUUAUCCGAAUCAAACUAUGAGGUUGUUUCUCUUGAUUGGACUAUUGACCCUGCAUAUGCUCGCAAAAUGACCAAUGAUAAGGUCGCUCUCCAAGGUAACAUGGAUCCUACCGUUCUUUACGGCGGCGAAGAUGCUAUUCGUACUAUUGCUACCAAGAUGGUACACGCUUUUGGUAAGGAUUCAAAGCACAUCGUCAACUUGGGUCACGGUAUUUUACCCACUGUUGAUCCUGAGGCUUUGAAAGUUUAUCUUGAAACCGUUCAAAAGGUUUCUGCUGAAAUUAGAAAGUAAAAGUAAGGAAAAAACAAAAUGUAAUAUAGUCCAGUCGUCAUUUUUUUUUAUUAUUUAAAAUAAAUCAUAC